UUUUCAUUUUAUUGGUGAAAUUGAAUGUGUGCUGUUUUCUUCCUGAAGAGCCUGAGACUUUCUUCUAAAGGUAUUGAAUGAAGAUGCAUAUGCUGAUAAGGAAAUAUUUUUAAUUUUACCAAAAGGGAUCAGGCAGACAGAAUUAUUUUUCCUAAGGUGCAGUAAGAUUGUAAGCGCUAUACUUUCCUGUUUCUAUAGGAUGUCUGAAAAUUCCAGAAACAUAGGGAGAUUUUUAUUUUAAACAGUGUUAGUUUUCAUUUUCUUUUCUUUUCUUUCUUUCUUUUUGUUUUUGAGGUGGAGUCUCGCUCUGUUGCCCAGGCGGGAGUACAGUGGCAUGAUCUCUGCUCACUGCAACCUCUGCGUCCCGGGUUCAAGUGAUUCUCCUGCCUCAGCCUCCUGAGUAGCUGGGAUUACAGGCGUGCACCACCACACCCCACUAAUUUUUGUUUUUUGUUUUUUUUUUUUUUUUUGAGACGGAGUCUCACUCUGUCGCCCAGGUUGGAGUGCAGUAGCGCGAUUUCAGCUCACUGCAAGCUCCGCCUCCCGGGUUCACAUCUCCCGGGUUCACGCCAUUCUCCUGCCUCAGCUUCCCGAGUAGCUGGGACUAUAGGCACCCACCGCCAUGCCUGGGUAAUUUUUUAUAUUUUUAGUAGAGAUGGGGUUUUAAUGUGUUAGCCAGGGUGGUCUCGAUCUCCUGACCUUGUGAUCUGCCCGCCUCGGCCUCCCAAAGUGCUGGGAUUACAGGCAUGAGCCACCACGCCUGGCCUAAUUUUUGUAUUUUUAAUAGAGAUGGGGUUUCACAAUGUUGGCCAGACUGGUCUUGAACUCCUUACCUCAGGUGAUCCACCUGCCUUGGCCUCCCAAAGUGCUGGGAUUACAGGUGUGAGCCAUUGUGCCCAGCCUAGUUUUCAUUUUCAAAUAGCAUGCUCAAUACGUUUUUCUUCAAGCUCCAGACAGUUUUGCGAGCAAAGAUACCUUACUUGUCAACAGAAGGCUCUUUGAAGCUACUACUAAGAGGUAGUAAACACGAUGAGGCGAGUGGUACGACAGAGCAAGUUUCGGCAUGUAUUUGGGCAAGCGGUGAAAAAUGACCAGUGCUAUGAUGACAUCCGGGUUUCUCGUGUGACCUGGGAUAGUUCCUUUUGUGCUGUCAAUCCCAGAUUUGUUGCCAUAAUCAUAGAGGCAAGUGGGGGAGGAGCAUUCCUUGUCCUCCCUCUGCACAAGACUGGUCGAAUUGACAAAUCCUACCCUACCGUAUGUGGCCACACAGGACCAGUGCUGGACAUAGACUGGUGCCCACAUAACGAUCAGGUCAUUGCCAGCGGUUCAGAGGACUGCACGGUCAUGGUAUGGCAGAUCCCAGAAAAUGGACUCACCCUUUCCCUGACUGAACCUGUGGUGAUUUUGGAAGGCCACUCAAAGAGAGUCGGCAUCGUGGCUUGGCAUCCAACGGCCCGCAAUGUGCUUCUUAGCGCAGGCUGUGAUAAUGCCAUUAUCAUCUGGAAUGUGGGAACAGGGGAAGCCCUUAUAAACUUGGAUGAUAUGCAUUCAGACAUGAUUUACAAUGUGAGCUGGAACCGGAAUGGCAGUCUGAUCUGCACAGCUUCCAAAGACAAGAAAGUGAGAGUCAUUGACCCCAGGAAACAAGAGAUUGUUGCUGAGAAGGAGAAAGCACAUGAAGGAGCAAGACCCAUGAGAGCCAUCUUCCUGGCCGAUGGCAAUGUCUUCACCACUGGGUUCAGCCGCAUGAGCGAACGGCAGCUGGCUCUCUGGAAUCCGAAAAAUAUGCAGGAACCAAUUGCCCUUCAUGAGAUGGACACUAGCAAUGGGGUGUUGCUGCCUUUCUAUGACCCUGACACCAGCAUCAUUUACUUAUGUGGAAAGGGUGACAGCAGUAUUCGCUAUUUUGAGAUCACGGAUGAAUCCCCGUAUGUCCACUACCUCAACACGUUCAGCAGCAAGGAGCCUCAGAGAGGGAUGGGUUACAUGCCCAAGAGGGGACUUGAUGUUAACAAAUGUGAGAUUGCCAGAUUCUUCAAACUUCAUGAGAGAAAGUGUGAACCUAUUAUCAUGACUGUUCCCAGGAAGUCUGACCUUUUCCAAGAUGACCUGUAUCCUGACACAGCGGGGCCAGAGGCUGCGCUGGAGGCAGAAGAGUGGUUCGAAGGCAAGAAUGCAGACCCAAUCCUCAUCUCCUUGAAGCACGGGUACAUUCCAGGCAAAAACAGGGAUCUCAAGGUGGUCAAGAAGAACAUUCUGGAUAGCAAGCCCACUGCAAACAAGAAGUGUGACCUGAUCAGCGUCCCCAAGAAAACCACGGACACGGCCAGUGUGCAAAAUGAAGCCAAGUUGGAUGAGAUUUUGAAAGAGAUCAAAUCUAUAAAAGACACAAUCUGCAAUCAAGAUGAGCGUAUUUCCAAGUUAGAACAGCAGAUGGCAAAAAUAGCAGCCUGAAGGUCCCACCCCCAUCCCUACAAAAAAAUGGGAGCAAGAACUUGUGCUUGGGAGCUGGUUGUUGGUGUGGUCCUAGGGAGGGCGGAAAGGGAGGCACUGCCAUUUGGAGACAUUCCAUUUCAGAUUUGUCAACCAGCGAUAGGCCACAUUCCAGUAAGAACUCAAUUUGUCUCCCAAAUUUGCAGAAACAAAACGUGAUUUAAAAGCUGAGCUUUUUAUCAGAAAGCUUUUUUGAUGUUUUAAGUGUUAUGUGACUUGUUGAACUUUUUAAAAAGUGCUACUUUUAAAAUCCCAGAUACUCUGAAUUUUAGAAAACAAAUUUUAGAAAAAAAAAAAGUACCCUUUUUUUUUUAAUGAAUAGGGACCAAUGCCACAUUGCUUUUUAUAUUUCUUUCUUUUUUAAUGUUGCCAAAACCAAAAGUAGCUUUGUUUUCCUUUGUAUUUUGCUACUUUGCAGUAUUUGUGUGUGGUUUUUUUUUUUUCCUUAAUUUGAAAGGGACAGCACUGUGUAUGUUUAUAAACUAAAUGAAGAUAAGAUAUUAUUUUCUAUAAACAUUCAUCUGAGAACAAUCAAAGCAGCAGCCACAUGGUGCUGACUCCUUUGCAGCACAAACCUGGUCAUUUUGAUGACUGUACAACAGGAAGACUUGAAAAAUCACGUGGAUUCAUAUUACCACCGCUCUCAUUUCAUGGAGUCUUCUGAUCAAAAAAGCUCACAUCGUAUUUCUUCCUUUCCUUUCUCUUUUCUAGAAAUUGGGUGUUUGUACCAGAAUGGAAUUUUGCUUCUCGGUUAUCCUGUGCUUCAGAUGAUUAUAAUCUAACCCAAACUAGCAUGUGUUUCUGCAGUUUGUUACACACCUAGGAUCUAUUGCAUUCAUCACUUUAAACAUCAUGUUUCAGGUUUUGGUCGAUACUUGACAAGGGUGCCCAGGAUAGGAAGACAUGUGUACUGCUGAGUGUUCCUUCUUGCCCUUUUCAGCAGCUUGCCCAGCUCUUGAGUACAGCGGUGGGGACUAAAAAUGUGGGCAUGUGGAGAGGGGUAUUUGCCCUGGGUGAUCCUGUUUCCCUGUGCUGUCCCCAUGCUGUGUUGGAGGAGGAAGUGGCUCUCUUUCCACCAACAAAGCUCCUGCCCUACCCUCUUCCUCACAUGUGCUGCGACCUCUCUCAGGGCUCCCCCAGCCAUUCCUACUUUCCUUCCUGCCUUUUAGCUCUAACCACAUUAAGCUAAGACAAGGCCAGAGGGUGCGAUUGAAUGAAUAUUGAGACUGAGGAGAAUGAUAGAGAGUGAAGCAGAAACAGGAGCGCAGACCUCUGCUGUAGCUUUAAUGCAUACAAACAUGUCCCUCCGCACAACUAACCUGCCUUGCCUCUCCAUCUCACACCAAGGCUGUGUCAAAGCACAGAGGCUCCCCGGACUUGGAGGGGGCCAGAGACUGAGCUGUGGUUGCCUGUUCAUUCCUCAGUUAGCUGGAACUUUGACCCAUUUCCAAUUUCUUAUAGUGCAUGCUUGGGAAACAAGAUUUAAGGAGCCUCUGUUCUGGAAGGGCUGUCUGUGAUUGAACGUAAAGUGUGUAGUGCCAUUGGGACCACGAAGGGAAUUCUUGCACAUGCUCGUGCUGGUGUGGGCAUGGGACUGGCUGGAAACGUCUGUAUACAGGGAGCCAGGGUGAGAGCAGAGUGUGGUGACAGCUGAACUUGGAGUAAUGUCCGUGUAGAAAAAGGACCAUGUUCUUAUCCAGCCAAUAUUAGGAGUGCUGUCUCCACAAUUUCAGGGCAUCUGAAUGUUUGAUGUGGUUUCGUGUGUGUGUAUGUGUGUGUUUAAUAUUGAAGUGGAUCAUGAGAUGUAAAGAAAACAAUAAUGACAAUGACUUAUAUUCAAACCUGUGUUUGUUUCUUUAUCAAUGUAAUCUGCUGAGGACCUUUUGUCUAAGAUUCAGAAGUGUUUUAAGGUUCUGAUAUCGAAUUAAUGAAGUAAAGUUGUUGAUGGUGGUGAAACACCGUAGGGCAUGUGGUUCAAAGAGAAGCAGGAGGGCAAGGGAAAGUUACCCUGAUCUUAGUUUGUAGCUUAUGACUUAUUUAAUGAACGGAUGCCCAGCCAAGCUCAGAGUAGGCGCCCCAAAGCAUUGUGGAUUAUUUUCCUGUUUUGUCUUUUUUUUUUUUUUUUUUUUUAAGCCGUGACAUCCCGGAAGAGGACAGUGAAUUACUCCUAGGUCGGCUCUUAUAGAGUGGCCAUAGUGUUCUGUCAAAACACUUGCUUCCAUUUUCAGAGAUAAAAAUCAUUGAUUACAAAA